UAAAGAAGACGUUAAAAACCGGCGCGCUGAGUUUGACUGUCGAGUGUCUCACCAUCCGUAGCGUGCUGCUAUUGAGCUAGAGUUAGGACAGGUUAGUUAGCUAGUUAGCUAACGCAGUAGGUGUGAAGAAGUUCUGUGAAUAUCUUGAUAGUUGUGCAGCUUUGAUGUGAAAAUCUCCGAAUUUGGAUCUUGUUUCUGCCGUCGUACGAGGAUGGAAGGCGACCCAAUGGAGAUGACACCCAUCCCAAACAUCCAUGUGGAGGUCCAUGUUAAAUCUAUGAGCACAGCUAAAUCGUCUGAAGUGAAGAUGCACGUUCAGGCGCUGCUGAAUCGCCACAGCAUGACUUUUGGAAACUACAGAUGGACUGAGUUUGAUGACAAUUUCCUGCAUAAGCAUGUGGAUUCUGUGGUCAUUGAUCUUCAGGAGACGACACAGCCCCUCGAUUUAAAGAGCUGUGACGUCUCCAUUCAUGUCUUCACUCUGAAUGAGGAAGGACCCAGCACACUCAGUUUGGAGGAGGAUGAAAACCUUUCAGCAGCUAAUCACUGGCUCCUGCCAACAGCUGAAUUUGAUGGGCUCUGGGAGAGUCUUGUAUAUGAAACGGGAUUGAAAUCCAAGCUUUUGGAUUAUGUCACAACAACAAUUUACUUCUCAGAUAAAAACGUCGACAGCAACCUUAUUUCCUGGAACCGCGUCGUGCUUCUUCACGGACCUCCAGGCACAGGGAAAACAUCACUCUGCAAAGCUCUUGCCCAGAAACUGUCAAUCAGGCUGUCAAGUCGGUAUACCAUUGGCCAAUUUGUGGAGAUUAACAGUCAUAGUUUGUUCUCAAAAUGGUUCUCAGAGAGCGGUAAGCUGGUCACAAAGAUGUUUCAGAAAAUCCAACUACUGAUUGACGACAAAGACGCUCUGGUGUUUGUUUUGAUUGAUGAGGUGGAGAGCCUGACAGCAGCCAGGAAGGCCUGCCAGGCGGGAACAGAGCCGUCUGAUGCCAUCCGAGUGGUCAACGCCGUUCUCACACAGCUGGAUCAAAUCAAACGGUAUCCCAACGUGGUCAUCCUGACGACGUCCAACGUGACUGAGAAGAUCGACCUGGCGUUUGUGGACAGAGCCGACAUCAAGCAGUAUAUCGGACCUCCGUCAGAGAAAGGCAUCUAUAACAUCUAUCUCUCCUGUCUGGAAGAGCUGAUGAAAUGCCAGAUCAUCUACCCCAGGCAGCAGCUUUUUACUAUGUACGAGCUGGAAACCAUGGGCUUUGUUAGGAGCGAGAUUUCUGAGCUCAGUCUGAAGCUGAGGAACAUCGCUGUAAAAAGCAAAGGUCUGAGUGGAAGAGCGCUCAGGAAAUUACCCUUUCUAGCUCAUGCCCUCUUUGUACAGACACCACCAGUAACUCUCGAAAGGUUCCUGAAGGCAAUGUGCCGAGCGGUGGAUAAACAGAGGGAGGAAGAGGCCAAUCUGAUCAAUGGUGUCUGAAACUAUUACGACACCUUAAAGCUGGCACAUAAUUAUUAUGUCAAUCUUUCAUUCCUGAUGUCUUUUUUUUUUUUUUUUUUAAACCUUCACAGUUCAGUUGGCAGCACUUCAAUUAAUCUGUUAUCAAAAAUAUUGCUUUAACAAAUCCUGUUCAUCACUUAAAGCUCUUUAUUCAGGUAACUGCUGGUGCUAAUAUCUUAAAGCAAACUGUAUCAGGAAAGGACUUGUUAUAUGAAAUGCUGCUUUGUGUUCGCUCUCACUGUCUCACAACUUUAACCGUAACAGUUUUUGUGUUUUGCUGGUUUUGCUUAAAGGCAAACUGUUCUUCCGUCACCAUCGCAUACGGUUGAUCCUAUCAGUAAGAACCAGGCAUGGGCAGCUGGAGAAAACUCCAGUCAGACUUGUUUUCUAUCUUUCCAUUAAACUGACUUUGAACCCUAGUAAGGGCGUACUGAGAAAAUGCUUUUGUGAUAUUUGAGAUUGUGUGUUUUUAAAACCUCUGCAACCGGUUCAUGCUGAGGUGGAGCAUUCUCAGUUAGCAGUAUCAUACUUGUAGAACAUUAAAAUGUAGCAUUCAUGAUGUAGUUUUGUUAUGGAGGGAUCUAGUUUUUUGUUCUAAUUGCUCAUUUGUCUGAUAAGUUGGCGUUUUAAACUGCCAGCUUAUUAAGCUGUAGGGAUGUGAUUAUGAUAUCACUUAAUGUUUCACAUCCCUACAAGUGUUAUGCAAAGCUACAUCUAUUUUUAUAUUCUUGUUUGUGUGUAUGAAUGCUGUUCAUGCAUUAUGUUGUAAACAUUUUUCAAAAGUGAUAUGUUUUUUUCCCCCAAGUUGUCUAAAAUAUCUAAACUCAUAUUCUUGACAUUUCUGCAUGUAAUAGUUUAAUAAACCAUGUUGCUUCUAUGUGAAAGAUACCACUUAGUGGUGCACAUAAGUUGCUGCAGA